AAGGUCGUCUAGAAAUCCAAAAGAAAAAAAAGGAAAAGACGAGUUAGGAAGAGUGAAAGAUAUCCGUCUCCACUGUCCACCUCUCCGGUGUUAUGAAUCCACCGGGGUGGCGUUGAGAGCCUGCACAAAACCCUUGCUUUCCUGCAUACCACUUUCUCCUUUCUCUCUCAUCUGUGUCUAGGGCAACCAUGGCCCACGGUGGCUACGGCAAGCGCAGGGUGAACCCGGCAGCGCGCCGAUCGAAGGCUUUAGCUGUUGAGAAGAAGCCCAAGUCCGUCUCCCUCAAGAACCAGAUUCGAUCCGCUGAGCGCAUGCUUCGCAAGAAUUUGCCAGCUGAAGUGAGGGAGGUUCAAGAGAAGAAGUUGGAAGGACUUAGAAAACAGCAAGAAAUUCAUUCUCGUCUGGCUGUUGAGCGCAAAAUAUUCUUGCGGGAUAGGAAGAUCAAAUUUUUUGAGAGGAGAAAAAUUGAAAGAAGAAUUAGACGCCUUGAAAAACUGCAACGUGCUCCAUCUGGUCAGUCGCAAGAUUCGGAUAUUGCAGAUCAAUUGUCUAAGUUGAAGGAGGAUCUUGAAUAUGUCAGGUUCUUUCCCAAAACAGAAAAAUAUUUAGCUUUAUUUACUGGAAGUGAUGAUUCGGACACGGUUGAUAGGAGGAAUAAGUUGCGCAAGCAGAUAAAAGCCAAUCUAAUUGCUGCUGCAGCCAGUGGAAAGGAUUUAGAAGAGACAGGUAGUGAGGAUGAUGGGUUACUUGACAUGAGUGAGGAUGAUUUCUUCGUAUCUGGUAGCUCAAGUGAUGAAGCAGAUGCAGAUGAUGAAUGGACAGAUAAAAGUGCAAGGGAACAUGCUUCUAGUACUUCUGGCAAGGCAGCAUCAGGCAUGUCUAGCGAUGAAAGAAAUCAUCAGAGGCAGCAGAUCUCUGCCAGAGCCUUAAUGCCACCUCCCCGUCCAACCAAAUCAUUUCCAAGCUCAGCCCAAGCUCGGUCAAAACCAGGGUCUUCAUUAAGAAAAUUUUCGACAAAUCGUAGGGCCGAGGUUUCUUCAUCCAGCAAUACAUCAAGUAGCAGAAGUGGAUCUUCUUUUAAGGUUAGGGGUUCCUCAAACUCUCAGACAGGUCACAGCAGUAAUAUAAGUUCCAAUUCUGAUGCUCACAAACCCCGAAGAAAGAGAAGGCCUAAAAAGAAAAAGCAGCAGGCAUGAUAGAUAGGCGUCGGCUCCCUAUAACCUGACUUCUGAAGCGAUUUGUGAAAUUUUAACCCAACCAUGGAUGUAUCUAAGUCUGCUCUCUACCAGUUUGGAGGUUUGCUUGCUUGCACUAUAUAUAUAUAUAUAUAUAUACUAGGAGGAGUUGGGAAAAUCAUUUCCUUUAGUUCUGAAAUGAUAUGUGAUCUUUUAUUAUGGUUCUUUUUGUGUUGUUUCUUUGUUUUCUAUACGGUUGCAACUUGUAGUGGGACCUGAAUCUUAUGUAGUUCCGUGCUGCUGCUUCUUGUGUGGCCUCUUGAAACUAGUCCACUUAAAUUACUUGUUCUUCGGGAAUGAAUAGUUACAUUGCUCAUUCCCCUAUGAUCCAUUCCCAACAAUUGAGUUAUGUUACCAAAACCAACUCAUUCACUACGCUGUUUUCUUC